AUGGCUCAUCUUAGCCUCUCGUGGGCCAACGUCGCAAUAGUUCUAUCUCUUUGCCUGGGCAGUAUUUCCUACGGCUAUGAUUUCAGCAUCAUUUCCACGACCGUGGGCCAGCCCACUUGGUAUGCCUACAUGGGGCUGACGACCGAUCCCACCCAAGCAUCGCUUUACUCCUACAGCAACAGCAUCAUCGGCACCAUUUUCGGACUUUUCUCUGCAGGAGCCAUCUUUGGCGGCCUGUUCGUCGGAUGGUUCAGCGAUGCCCACGGUCGGAAAAAGUCGCUGCUCUCCGCCGCCGUCAUCAAUAUUGUUGGCGGUGCUCUCCAGGCCGGCUCUGUUCACGUCGGCAUGUUCAUCGUGGCCCGUUUCAUCACUGGCUUCGCCGCCGCAAUGCUAGUCGCGCUGGUCCCAGUCUACAUCGCAGAGGUCGCCCCCCCUGCCAUUCGAGGACUUCUGGUGGGUCAACAUGGUGCAUUUUUCCUGGUGGGAUACACUGUCGCCGCUUGGGUCGCCGUCGGUAGCUUCUAUUCCGCCAACGCCUCAUUCAACUGGCGAUUUCCUCUAUCGUUGCAGGCCCUCUGGCCGUUGCUCCUAUGCUUCUUCGUAUACUGGCUUCCGGAGUCUCCUCGCUGGCUCGUGAGCAAAGGACGACCAGACGAGGCAUGGAAGAUCCUCGCCAAGCUGCAUUACGACCCCAAGGACCCCGAACAGCUCUUUGCGCGCGAGGAAUUCUUCCAAAUCACCUCGCAGUGUGCGGCGGACAAGGCCUCGUAUGGAGACGUCAGCUUAUUGCACCUUUUCACCAAACCCCAUCUGAGAAAGAGAACCCUCGUCGCCACUCUGGUCAUGUGGGCGUCUCCAGCCAACGGAGCAAUUGUCAUCUAUAGCAACAUCGUCGUCUUGGUGGCUGGCCUGGGAUUCGACAGUGCGGACUCACUGCUCCUUUCCGCCGGCUGGAUCACUUUGGCAUGUGUCGGCAACUUCGCCAAUGCUUUUUAUCUGGACAAGCUGGGCCGCGUCCGCAGUAUGGUCAUCGGAUACGUUGGAUGUAUCGUGUUUGUCAUCAUCGAGGCAGCAAUUGUGGCCGAAUAUGGUGGGACGACCAACAAAGCGGCUCUCAGCGCCGGGGUCGCCAUGCUCUUUGGAUUCAUCACCUUUUACGGCGGGUUCGUCGAUACCACCAUCUACGUCUACUGCUCCGAGAUCUUCCCGACACACGUCCGCGCCAAAGGCAUGGGAUGGAGCAUUGCCGUGUUCUUCCUGGGGAAUCUGCCGUUCCUCGAAUCCUCCACCACUGGCUAUGCCACCAUCGGCUGGAAAUAUUACCUGCUGUUCAUCAUUCUGCCGGCCCUGAACGUUGGUCUCCUCAUAUACUUUUGUCCCGAGACCAAAGGUCUUUCUCUCGAAGAGAUCAAUGGAAUCUUUGAGGACAAAGUGGCUGUUCGUCUGACCAAUCUCACCGAGGAAGAGAGACGGGACCUCGACUCUCGCAUCCUUGACGGGGUUGUCGGCAAAGACCCGCAAGCACAGGCUCCGGAACGAAACAACGUGGAGAAAUCGGCCGAAGUGACUCUGGAUGAGUAA